AUGGUCACUCUGAAUGGCCUGAUCGUAGGCGGCCAGCUCUGCUGCACGUCCACCGGAAACUGUCCUCGUCAGGUUGUUUCUGGUGCACUCAUUAGUCUCAAUUGCACGAUUCUCGGUGUAACAACAACCGUGGGCCAAACCACGACCGACAUUAAUGGGUCAUUCAACAUUACUGUUCGGGCUUUGAUCGGUCUUGUUUUGGGCCUUCCCAGUCCUCCGUGCAUUGUUAGCGUUCGGCUUCCGCUCGACUCUAUAGUUUGUCCCAUGCUUUCCACUGUCGAUGGGGCUCUUGUCUCCACCGUUCGGUCUGUUGGGACAAUUGUCACAUCGGCUUUUGGUUGA